UUUCCAAUCAAACAUGGUUUUAAAUGGGCCAUAUUUGUUGUUCAAAUAAUAUUCUAAUGGAGUACUCAAUGUUUGAAUGUUUUUUUUACUAACUUUAUUUUAAAUUUCUUGUUAUUUAUAUUUCUUUUUACCUAAAUAAAUAGAGUUCAUAAUUCGACUAAUAAGUAUGUAUAUACAUUAGUAUUUUUAGUAUUUCUUUUUUCCCAAUUUGACUGUUUCUAUGUUUGUCCCUAAUUAUCCACAUUAGUUUACUUGCCAUUGCUCUUGACUUCUUGAGGUACUUGCAAUAUAAUUUCCGUAAAUUAUUAAUCAAGUUUCAUCCGUUUCAUCCGAAAAGUCAACUAUACGAAUGAAAAAAAUAUAAACACCACCAUCUCCACGAAUUCUUUGAAGUUGACAACCUUCAUAUAACCUCCAAUCACACAAAUCAUUGAACACAAAAAUUCUGUUAGUGUUAAUCUGUAACUUUCAAAGAAUGAAAACCCUCCAUAGCCAUGUCAGCACCUCCAUCUUCAUCUUCAUCUUGUCACUCUUGUACCCUUUUCACUCUCUAGCUAUCGACACCAUCACAUUCUCACAGCCACUUACCAUCAAUCAAACUCUAGUUUCUAAAGAUGAACAUUUUGAGUUGGGGUUCUUUAAUCCAGGCAACAAUAAUUUGUAUAUAGGCAUUUGGUACAAGCAAAUUCAGCAGAAAACAUAUGUUUGGGUAGCUAAUAGAGACACCCCCAUUACUUCAUCCUCCGGGAACCUAACCAUCAUCAGCAACGGCAACAUGGUGCUUGUAAAUCAGACGGGAACCAUCGUCUGGUCGACAAAUCAACCUACACGGGCGGGGAACACGGUGGCGCAGCUUUUGGACAACGGUAACUUUGUGCUUCGUCUGGAAAACGAUGAGGAUCCAGAAAAUUAUAUUUGGCAAAGCUUUGAUUAUCCGACUGAUACUUUAUUGCCGGAGAUGAAACUGGGGUGGGACAGGAAAUCUGGAAUUACUCGGAUUUUGAGGUCGUGGAAGACAAUCAAUUUAGAUCCAGGAACUGGUGAUUAUUCUCUUAUGUUCACUGUUCGUCAUUUCCCGGAGAUUUUGCUUAUGCGCAAGGAAACGUUAAUUCGUCGGAGUGGACCGUGGACUGGAAGAAGGUUUAGCGGUGUACCGGAGAUAAAAGGGAGGAGUAUAAUGCAGUUUGACGUUGAAGAUAAUUCAGAUGAGAUUUAUUAUUCAUUUAAAUUGGUGAAUAGUUCAAUUUAUUCACGAUUGGUUGUAUAUUCUUCUGGUGUGAAUCAAAGAUUGGUUUGGGCUGACACAACAAAAACUUGGAGCGUCUACUGGUCUUUCCCCGGUAAUUGCGACCACUUUGGUGAAUGUGGUCCGUCUGGCAUUUGUACUGCAAACCCUGCACCGAUCUGCAGUUGUAUGACUGGAUUCCAUCCGAAGAACAAACAAGCAUGGGAUCUCCGAGUUGGGUUGGAUGGGUGUGUUCGAAACUCCAGCUUGGAUUGCAGGUCGGAUGGAUUUAAGCUAUUCAAGAACAUGAAACUGCCGGAGACUUCGAAAGCUUUUUUAGAUCAGACGAUAAAUUUGAAAAAGUGUGGUGAGAUUUGCAAAACGAAUUGUUCUUGUGCUGCUUAUGCUAAUAUGGAUGUCACUGAAGGCGGGUCGGGUUGUGUGAUUUGGGAAGGGGAUCUCAUCGAUAUGAGGCAGUAUGCUGAUUCGGAUAAUGGUGGAGAUGAUCUUUACGUUAGAGUUGGAGCUUCUGAUUUGGAUAAACCACAACAACCACCAUCAUCACCACCACCACCACCACCACCACCACGACGGCCAAAUACCAAAGUUGGCAAGAUUGUAGGAAUUAGCAUUAGUGCUUUUGCUAUGCUCAUAUGUCUACUGAUACUCUUCUACUUGAAGAGGAAGAAAACACAACCAUUGGAAGAUAGACAAGGUCCAGAAGACAUCAUAUUAAAUGAUGGGGUUAUUCUGCCAAGUAGGAGAGAUUAUCUUAGCGAGGCAGUCAUUGAUGAACUCGAAUUACCAUUGUUUGAUUUUACAACACUGGUCGUGGCUACAAACAACUUCUCAGACACAAAUAAAAUUGGGCAGGGUGGCUUCGGGUGUGUUUACAAGGGUAUAUUAACGGAAGGUGAGGUUGUAGCAGUAAAAAGGCUCUCUAGAGUUUGCGACCAAGGGAUUGAGGAACUUAAAAAUGAAGUUCGAUUAAUCGCGAGACUCCAACAUCGAAACCUUGUUCGAGUACUAGGUUGUUGCAUUGAGGUCGAAGAGAAGUUGUUGGUUUAUGAGUUCAUGGAAAAUAAAAGUCUCGAUAUGUUCCUUUUUGAGAAAGAGAAAAACUUGAAACUAAAUUGGAAAAUCCGACUCGAGAUUAUACGUGGGAUUGCACGUGGACUUCUUUAUCUCCAUCAAGAUUCAAGAGUUACAAUCGUCCAUCGAGAUAUGAAAGCAAGUAAUAUUUUGCUUGAUAAGGAAAUGAACCCAAAGAUAUCAGAUUUUGGUAUCGCGAGAAUUUUUGGGAAUGAUCAGACAGAAGCAGAAACAAAGAUAGUGGUUGGAACAUAUGGUUAUAUGUCACCCGAAUAUGCGAUGGAUGGUCAUUUCUCAACGAAAUCAGAUGUUUUCAGUUUCGGAGUUUUGAUUCUUGAGAUAGUAAGCGGUAAAAGGAACAGGGGAUCAUCCAACACGAGUAACAAACUUAACCUUCUUGCACAAGCAUGGAAGUUAUGGAACGAAGGAAAUGCUUUAGAACUACUAGACGAAUCUCUUAGGGACAAAUUUUUAGAGAAUGAAGUUUUAAGGUGCAUACAAGUUGGACUGUUAUGCGUUCAAGGACAACCGGAAGAUCGGCCUAACAUGUCAAAAGUUUUGAUACUAUUGAGCAAUGAAACGGUACAAAUUCCACCACCAAAACACCCUGGAUUAUUUACUAGAAAAAUAAACAACGAGACAGAAUCUUCAAGCAAAGGCGAUGAUUCAAUGACCGUAAAUGGAAUCACGAUCUCGAUAUUAGAUGGUAGAUAGUGAAACUAUGUUUGUUACCAUCUAGCAUCAAUUGUACAUCACAACUUUUUUAUUUAAUCAAUGUUGGUUUGUUAAUAUCUUUCUUAAGUGAAAGGCAGAUUAUGACAUAUUUACACAUUAUAGCAAGUGUGAAUUUGGGUCGGAUAUUAUAAUGGUCAUAAAUCAUA